AGUAGUGUAAACAACAUACCUACUUAGUUAGUUCAUUCAUAAAGAAUACUUAAAAUCUAUUAAUCAUUAUUUUUUAGAUAAAAUAAAUAAUUAUUGAAAUGGCUAAUAUUUUUUCACCGAAUUUUAUUGUGAAAAGACUUUUUUCCGGCACUUCUAAUAAAAUACGAGCUCAAAAAUAUGUGCUCACUAAAUAUUUUCAAGGUGAACCAAAAAGAAGCGAUUUCGAGAUAGUGGAAGAAACACUUCCGGAGUUAAAAAGUGGAGAAAUAUUGACAGAAGCAGAAUAUCUGAGUGUAGAUCCAUAUAUGCGAGCUUAUAUGAUUGGAUACAAAUUACCUACUGAUAUGAUAGGUGGACAAGUCGCAAAGGUGAUCGAGAGUCGCAAUGAAAAUAUUCCGGUCGGAAGUUACGUGACGGGUACGUUAGGAUGGCGUACUCAUACUAUAGUGGACCCUAACAAAUCGAGUUCAGUGGGCAUGUUACCUUUAACCGUCGUACCAGAAAUUAGCCCGCAUCCGGUGUCUCUAGCAUUAGGUGUUCUUGGUAUGCCUGGAAACACAGCAUAUUUUGGUUUAAAAGAAAUAUGCAAACCGAAAGAAGGGGAAACAAUUGCAAUAACUGGAGCUGCUGGAGCAGUUGGUUCACACGUUGGACAAAUCGGUAAACUUUUAGGCUGUCGUGUAAUAGGAUUUGCUGGUACUGACGAGAAAUGCGAGUAUUUAGAGAAAGAAUUAGGAUUUGAUCGAGUUUUCAAUUACAAGACGAGCAAUAUAAAAGCUGCCUUAAAAGAAGGUGCUCCAAAUCAUGUUGACUGCUAUUUUGAUAAUGUCGGAGGUGAAAUAAGUACGAAAAUAAUGAACCAUAUGAACAAAUUCGGUAGAGUUGCCGUAUGUGGUUCCGUUUCAUCUUACAAUGAUCUAACACUGCCUAAAGUUACAAUUGUGCAGCCCGCUAUCGUUUUUAAGGAGCUUAAAGUCGAAGGAUUUUUGGUUAAUCGUUGGACUGAUCGCUGGAACGAAGGCGUGAAUAUGAACUUAAAAUGGCUCAAUGAAGGGAAACUUAAGUACCAAGAGAAAGUUUAUCAUGGGUUUGAAAACAUGGUCGAUGCGUUAGUGGGAAUGUUGAGAGGAGAAAAUACUGGAAAAGCAAUCGUGAAAGUAAAGUAAAAGUUGUAUUAAAUCAUUUGGGAAAUAAC